GGCGUGGCCAGGUAACGGCAUAACCACGCCACAUAUUUGAAAAGUGAGGUAAAAUUUCUAGACAUUCAAAGUUGGUUGUGAGUGCAUUAGUGUCACCAGACAUGAGCAGACGGGGAUCCCUGGAGCUGAGCCUAGAGUCUGAGAAUGUCAUCCCCAAAGAUGACUUUUGUCCUGCCCUCGGCAGCGCAGAGAUCGCGCGCCUCAGCCCCAUACACUUUAGUGAGGAGCAGGUGGAGAGUUGUCAUGAUGAAGGGUACAUCAGUAAAUCUUUCACCCAGGAUUUACCCCUCACCCCUAUCAUAUCCACACCCCUGAGGGGCCCAAGACCGGUCUUGGGCCCGUUGGCUGACUUUGACUCAGGGCUGUCAGUCAGCCGGUACAUUCAGGACGACAGCCUCUGGGAGAGCACUUUUCUGCAGGUGCAGGUCAAAUCCAAGGUGGUGAUCCCAGAGUCUGGUGGUGUGAGGGCUCCAUCUCCAGCUGCACCUACUGCCUCUCACACCUUCAGAGCAGGCCGCAGAUUGACCCCUCCAGCAAGCAAAAGGCCACGGGUGUUUGACAGGCCGGAGGAGUGGCAGCAACAAAAGGAUAUAUAUGUUGAGUCUGUCAGCCGACAUAUGAAGGAGAACACCAAGGGAGGUGUGAUCACUGAACUGCUGGACCUAAUGAACACUGUUGCAAGUGAGCAACACCCAUGGCAGCACCCGUCUGACCUCACAGUCAGGAACUACCAGCCAGGAAACCAUGGAAAGAGUCUUUAUUCUUUAGACGAAUGGAUGAGAAAGAAUGGAGGGGGCUAUCAACGCUUUUCUGAUUCUUGAGAAUUAUGUUUUGUGUAUAUAUUUGUUGUAUAUAUUGUUCUGUUUUGCACUUUUUUUUGUCUUUAUUGUGUUUUGCUGUGUUGGGCACCUAUUGUGUGUAUUGUGU